AUCAUUUAAAUGCUACCAAUAACCGUUCCAAGAACGGUUUAGAUUAGCAGGUUGGAACAAACCUCUUUAGUAACACGAGCAUAGUCACUAGAAUAAUAAAAAAAGAAGAAGACCUGUAGUGUAUUUAUAAUUUUUUAUAUCAUAUCUUGUAAAAAAUAUUUUUAUUUGUAGUAAAAAAAUGGUUGAAAUAUUUAGUAAUAACGAUCAUAUAUUGAGUAACUUUCCUAUUUGUCUUCGAAAAACCGUAGAGGAAUUAUGUUUAAGGAGUAAAAUAAGUUUCCGUUCUAUCGAUUUAACAGAUAUAACGAUUAAUAGUAUCAGAUCUAAUAAUAGAGACGCUUUAGAUAAUUUUCAUUUUAUAUUAAACGUUCCUUACGCCGGAAAAAAUUUAAAAUGGGAAAUAAUAUUUGACCCCGAAAAUUUUGACUUCGCGCCAGAUUUCGAUUUCAACGACGACGAAUUUCUGAGUUAUUUCGAUAUCGACACGAUCACCGACAACGUUCCCAGUUGGAAAAAUUGGAAUUUGAAAAAUCCCAACGCCCUUUCUCAAGUUUUAAGUGAAUUUCUUUGUUUAUACAAACAACAUCAGGUACGAAAAUUGCAUUUAGAAAAUAUUUAUUCUCGUUAUUCCGACGAAUACAAAGUUCUUAUCGAUGAUAAAAAUGGUAUCGAUGAAGAAAAUAUCGAAGUUAUCGUCGACGGGGGCUCAAUACAUUUUUUGAUACGUAUAAACGUCGAUUGUUCGUCUUUACCCGAAUACGUUCAACCAAUUAUUUACAAAGGGAAUAACCUUUCCGAACACACUCUGUAUAAUCAAGGCGACGAUUUCGCUCAUUUGAAAGUAUCCGUAUCGAAAUUGGACGGUUCCAGAUCAAAUUAUUCCAUUCAACUUUCUCCGAGACUUGAACAAGUUAUAGGAAACUUCAAACUAUCAUUUGCUGACGUUCCAAAAGAUGGUACGCUGACCGAACUCGUAUCUCGCGUAUCCAAGACGCUGGAAAGUCAUUUGGAACAAAUUGUAGAUCACCACAAAAUGAAAAAAAUCUACAUAACGCACCUGGCGGCGGUUUGUUUCGAAAAUAUUAUUGAAUAUGAUAGUCAGUAUUUUUCUAAGGCGGCGUUUCUACAAAACGUCGAUGAUUAUAAUUGUUUGGUAACAAUUACUAUCGGGACUAAAUUUCCCUUAGAGAAACCUUCAGUGUCGUUAUCUUCAAUAUAUUGUUCCGAAGCUAAAUCUUGUAGUAAACUUCUUGAUACCUACCCGUAUAAUCCCGAAUUCAAACCAGAAGUUAAUAUAGAAUAUUUGUUGGAAUAUCUGCAAGACGUCAUACAAGAUUUUCAAAAUCACAAACAUUAAUUUUGUAUAUAUAUUUUUUUAAGAAUAAAAGUGAUACGUAUCUAAAAA